ACGACGUUGGCAUCUGCUCUGACGUUCCUCCUGAAUGGAUGGCGUGUCUGAGAAGGUAUAAAGGUUUGGAGGUUGGAUGCUGUGGGUUAAAUAGGUAGAGAGGAAUCCUCCAGAGAGAUCCAGGCAUCAUGUCCCCCUCCACACCGGUGUUGCUGCAUCUGCUGCUACUGGUCUCCCUGGCUUCAGCAGGACACUUCUAUGGAGGCACCAUGUCCUUCACCCCCAAAGGGAGGAACGCUGACGGAACGUUCAAGGUGGAUUUCCGCUACAAGAAUACCCAUGAUUGGUGUGAUUACGAGGGCUGGUAUUGUUCCACAGGGAACUGCGGCUCUUCUGUCAAAGAUGUCAGAGGCACAAUUGACAGCAGCAGCAGAGGACGGAGUGGUUACAACAACCAGUGGUGUGAAACUGAAACUGUUGAGACCAAAGAUAUCCCCAGUGAUAAACCUUUUCAAUUGCUACAGAACAGCUGCUGUUGGAUCCCCACAGUAAACGGUCUUCUAUCUUGGAGCCUGGAAACACAAGUGGAUCUGGGAACAAGAUCUGAUACUGGUGAACCCAACAGAUCUCCAGUCACAGCCAUUCUUCCUUUCAUACGUGUUCCCCAGAACUGUCAGAGGUCCUACAACCUCAUGGCCUUUGACCCUGACGGUGAUCGUGUCAGAUGCAGAUACGGAUUGGUCAGACCUGAGUGCGAUAGGUGUGACCAGCCUUCAGGUUUCUACCUGGAUCAGGACUCUUGCUCCUUACAAUACGGCUACACUUCAACGAGUGGCGUCUACGGGUUUGAGCUAGUUGUAGAGGACUUUCCUAACCAACACAUCACCCUGUCCUACACCGAUGGCUCUACCGCCUCCCCCUGGCCCACUACCACCAACACCUGGGCCAGGUGGCCCACUACCGCCUCCCCCUUGCCCACUACCACCAACACCUGGGCCAGGUGGCCCACUACCACCACCCCCUGGUCCUCUACCACUUCCACCACAGAAAGCCUGUAUUCCUCCACUGCUCCCCUCAGCAAACUCCCUCUGCAUUUCUCUCUUCUGGUGGACUCUAUUGUUCCGUCCUGUGAUGAGGGUAUGUACCUGCCCAGGUUCGUGCAGCCAACACCACACAACGGAGAACAUCUCCACGCCGAGGUCAACAAAGAGCUGGAGUUCAGGGUCAAAGCCGAAGCUACACACUCAACGGUUAAUGAUGUCAUUGUCAGUGGACCUCUGAACAUCACCAAUCACAUGACUACCCAGGGGGAGUUUGUCAUCCGGUGGACACCCAUCCGGGACAAUCUGGGGGAGUAUUUCCCCAUUUGCUUCAUCACUGAGGGGCUAUCUGGAUCUAGUGUUUAUCAAUCUGAGAUGAGAUGUGUUGUGGUGGAGGUCGGACGCAGAAAGGUCAAAGCCAAGGUGGUGUGUGAUGAGACCAAGAUGACGGUAGAAGUGGAGAAGUCCUCUGUUACUGGAAUUCACGAGGACCAUCUCCGCCUCAACGAUCCCAGUAACUCUGCCUGCGACCUGCAACGCUUCUCUAACAACACCCACAUCAUUGGAGUCAUCCCCCUCAAUGCCUGUGGCACUCAGAUAGAGGAGGACGAUGACAACCUCAUCUUCAAGAACGAAAUCACCACCUUCGACAACCCCAACGACAUCAUCACCAGGCACCACCAGGUGGAGAUCCAGUUCUACUGCCAGUACGCCAAACGUGGCAAUGUGUCCCUGGGCUUCACUGCACACAGGGACAGCAUCACGGUGGUGGAGAAAGGCUUCGGCACGUUCACCUACCAGUUUGAGUUCUACCAGACCAGCCAGUUCACCAAUAUGGUGGAUCCCCGUGACUACCCGUUAGACGUGGUGGUGAAGCAGAUGCUCUACAUGGACAUUGAGGCCGUGUCCACUGUGAACAACACUGAGCUCUUCGUGGAGUCCUGCAGAGCGGCGCCGUACGACAACCCCAACUACCACCCCACCUACCCCAUCAUAGAAAACGGGUGCAUUGUGGACGAGACGGUUCAAAUCUUCUCACCCCGUCACCAGAGGCAUUUCCAGUUCGGAAUGGAAGCUUUCAAAUUCAUCGGAAUGCAUGACCAGGUGUAUAUCAGCUGUUCAGUGAUCCUGUGUGAGGCUGGGAACCCCAACACCCGGUGUGCCCAGGGCUGCGUCAACUCCACCUCCCCCCAGCCUGCUGGCCACCACCACCGCAAGAGAGAGGCCGCCAUGCAAACGGCCAAACACCACAUCUCCCAGGGUCCUUUGCGCCUGAGAAGGAGUUCAGAGAGCUCAGUGACCAACAUGAACAUGGGGUUGAUGGUUGGGUGUAUCGUAGCAGCCGUUGCCAUGCUGUGCGGAGUGAUGCUCUACAAGGACAAAACAUCAGGCGUUAAAUACCAGCCCCUGACAACAUUUGAGACUUAGUCCGAUGGCAGCCAUCCUUUCACGUAUAGCCUGCAUUCUA